GGGUAGGUGGAGAGAAAGGGAGCGAGAGUGUGCCCACCUCAUCGUCUUCUUCCUCUCCUUCGAUCUGCUCCUCUCUCUUCUUCGUCAUUUUUUUCUUUUUGUGUUUUUGCGUUGGGAAAGCGCGGCGGCGGGAGCAGUAAGCAGCGAUAAUGGGGAAGUCGUACCCGACGGUGAGCGCGGAGUACCAGAGCGCGGUGGAGAAGUGCAAGCGGAAGCUCCGCGGCUUCAUCGCCGAGAAGAACUGCGCCCCUCUCAUGCUCCGCCUCGCGUGGCACUCGGCGGGGACGUACGACGUGAAGACGAAGACCGGGGGUCCGUUCGGGACGAUGCGGCACCCUGCUGAGCUGGCACACGGCGCCAAUAACGGCCUCGACAUCGCCGUUAGGCUCCUGGAGCCGAUCAAGGAGCAGUUCCCCAUCCUCUCCUACGCCGACUUUUAUCAGCUUGCUGGAGUUGUUGCCGUGGAAGUUACCGGCGGGCCGGAGAUCCCUUUCCAUCCCGGAAGAGAGGACAAGCCUGAACCUCCUGAGGAAGGCCGCCUGCCGGACGCCACCAAAGGUUCUGAUCACCUGAGGGACGUCUUCGGACACAUGGGUCUGAGCGAUCAGGAUAUUGUCGCACUCUCCGGUGGACACACUCUGGGGAGGUGCCACAAGGAGCGGUCUGGCUUCGAGGGAGCUUGGACUUCCAAUCCUCUUUUCUUCGACAACUCGUACUUCAAGGAGCUUCUGAGCGGAGAGAAGGAAGGUCUCAUUCAGCUGCCAUCGGACAAAGCCCUUCUCACCGAUCCUGUUUUCCGCCCUCUUGUGGACAAAUACGCUGCUGAUGAGGAUGCUUUCUUUGCCGAUUAUGCUCAGGCCCACCUGAAGCUCUCGGAAUUGGGGUUUGCUGAGGCUUAAAGACCGAGGAAUAUUGCGGGCAAAUGCCAUGCAAAUUCCUAGAUGGUAUUUUGCUAGUAGAAUCACACCUUAUGUAAUAAGAGUGCUGGCUAUGGACCACCUUUUAUUAGUGUUAAGUUUUUUUGUUACCGCCAAUGCAUCGACAUUUGUCUUCUCCUUUUGAAUGAUGGAUUGCAAUGCAACAGCAAUGUUCGGUCCGUUUUGUAGUUGAAGUUUAAUGUCGAGAAACUGGUUAUGAUUUGCAAUUAUGUCAUCUUGCAAAUAGAACUUCUCUGGUGCUUUGCCUAAACUUAAGCCAUCUCUGGUCGCAUUUACUGUAACGGUCUUGUUUUCAUAUACCACCUAAUAUGAUCUCAUUAGACAUCUGUAAACUAAUUCCAUGGUUAUUGUGGUCGGUAA